CAGUCGGAGUAUCACAUUUUUCAAUGCACCUUUAAGAUCAAAUAGAGAGCCCGGAGAGAGUGUUGGAGAUUGGCCUAUGCAUACAGUGAUGGGUGUCAUGUGGACGAAUGCUGGUUAUAAAAUGCAGUAAUAAAUAGAGCAGUCUAGACAGUUGCUGACGGUGGUGAUUUAGUCUAUUUGUUAAAACAGUGAUCAGUGCCUGAAGCUUUGGGGACAGCCACAAAACACAGUGGACUACUACAACUGGUUAUGAAGCUGUAGAUACUUUUACAUAUAUGUAGCUGAAUAGAAAAUGAGGAAAACAUUUCAGGCGUUGGGCAGACCAGCGGGUCAGAAUGUCAAAUAUGAGGAUAAAUUGUCCGAGCACAAUAACAAAUAAUAAAAACAAACUUGUAGUAAUAAUAAACCACCAGUUACAUGUGGAACUGAGUCAUUUCCAGUUGCCCAACUGCCGAUGUGCCUGCGGUGUUUUUUUAUGGAUUGCCAGGGGGGGUCACGUGUGAUGCGGUGGGUGGCUGGAAGCGCACGGUAAUAUAAAAGGGCACUUGCUCGAAUAAGCGGCAGCCUGCCAAGCGUCGAGUUGAGCCUAUAUCGCAAGCACGAUGCAAGGGUUGUCCCAAGCAGCACUUCGCAUGUGGCCUCUGGCCUGCAUGGCCACGUGCGUAAUGAUCAACGUGCUGGCUCAGGAUCUUCCGAGCAGCACCCCGGAUGCCAAACAGGCCAUGGAAUACUUGCAGAAAUUUGGUUACAUAUCGAACGGAAGAUUCAAAGUCGAGAAUGAAAUGGAGAAAGCAAUCAGUGAGUUCCAGCAAAUGGCGGGACUCAAGACAACCGGCCUGCUGGACGAGGACACCGCGGCGAAGAUGGCACAGCCACGCUGCGGGGUGGGAGACACGCGCAGGGACAUCACGUUCGCGUGGAAUGGGGAUAAGAGCCGGAGGAAGAGAUCAUCCGGUUACACGCAUACCGGGGGCCGUUGGCGAAAGACGACCCUCGCGUACCACUUCCUGAAUCUGACGCCGGACCUGAAGGGGAACGAGGUGAAGAAGAUCAUCGCGCGCGCCUUCCACGAAUGGAGCCGGGUGACUCCGCUACGGUUCUACGAGACCCCGACCUCGUCCAAGGCCGACAUCCACAUCCAGUUCAGCCGCUUGCAGCACGGAGACUUCGCGCCCUUCGAUGGGCCGGGCCGUGUGCUGGCGCACGCGUACUUCCCUGAGGACGGCCGGGCGCACUUUGACGAGGACGAGCAGUGGAGCGAGGGCACCGCGCAGGGAAUCAACCUGCACAUUGUGGCGACGCACGAGUUCGGCCACCUGCUCGGCCUCGGGCACUCCAAGGAGCAGGCGGCCCUCAUGGCGCCCUUCUAUAUGGGAUACAGACCCAAAUUCCGUCUGCACGCGGACGACAUCGCGGGCAUACAGAGCCUCUACGGUCGCAGCACAUCAGCGUUGGAUGAUAGUGAUCAUGGUAAUAAUGAGAAGUCAGCUCCUACAAGAAGCCCGAUUCCCCAUGACGUCCCGGACCCAUGCACUGCUCAGCUGGACGCUAUCACCAUGGGGCCGGAUGGGAGGACGUACGCGUUCAGCGGUGCAUACUGCUGGGUCGUGACGGACACAGGCGUGCAACAGGGCUACCCAGUUGCCACCAGCAGCCUGUGGUCAGGCCUCCCGGCCAGUCUCAGCGCUGCCGCGCACUCCAAGCACACCGGACACACCUUCUUUUUCGCAGGGGACAAGUAUUGGCGAUACCGUGGUUUUGCAAGUGAUCCUGGUUAUCCCAAGAUGAUGUCCAGCACUGGGCUUCCCAGCAAUGUCGAUGCAGCCCUCAUGUUUCGGGACAGGAUCUACGUGUUUAAGGGCGGCGAGUACUGGCGCUGGAAUGAAUAUCACGAGCAAGCCGUGCACGGGUACCCAAGGAAGAUGGCAACCACGUGGCGCGGCGUGCCCUCGUCCCCCGACGCUGCGCUCACCUGGGGCAAUGGACAAUCCUUCUUCUUCAAGGACGGGCGCUACUGGCGCAUCAACUCGCAUUCGCGGCGCACGGAGCCCGGCUACCCGAGGGGCACGGCGGCCGUCUGGAUGGGAUGCUCACGUUCCCUCAAGCAGCACGACGUCGUUUGGGAUGACGUCGGGACGACGAUGGUGCAUUGAGAGGCUUCGGCCUGGAUGGGUUCUUCUCUCGGGAACAGAGCGAAUCUGACAAUGGCUUUUGAGGGGGGGGGGGUUAUGAUUUUGAUUUUAAUUACCAUGAUUUAAUACCACGCUUUUAAUAGAGCACCAGUAAUCAGAGAUUCUGACGUGAUUUUUUUAUUGUAAUUGAUCAAUAAACACUGUUACCAAAAA